GCAGAAUAUGCAGCAAAUUUACUCAUUUCUUUCUACUUUCCAGCUAUUUCUCACCUGUGGCCGAGUAAAAAGGCUCUCAUCGAGAUUAAAAGCCAAAGAUUCUGCCUCGAAGAUUACCUUGCGAGCAACACAGCCAUGUCUCGACGAAAUCUCGGUCAAUCAUCUUACGACAGCUGGGGAUACGAAUCAGCCUCACACCACACAUACAGCACUUGCGGCAGUGCAUACAGCGAUGAACAACACCCCAAUUUCUCCAACGUUCCAAGGGCCUGCUUCGACACCGGUGUGCACGGCAACGUCGUAUUGAGAGACUUUCCCAGCAGCUUUCCGGAUCCUAUCGAAUUAGACUAUGCCGACUCAAAUUGGGGCAUUGCUCAAAAUUUUCCCAAUGAGGAAUCGUUCCAUCAUGCCCCAAACCUCCCCUCUUCCUCAGCCGAUUGCGAUUUUUCCUUCCCUGAUUUCACAUGCGAUCCCAAAAUUGAAAGUCCAUUCAUCCCAACGAUUUACGAUUUUCAGGCACCUGGGUAUUUUGAUAUUCACGAUUUUUGUCUCGCUGGCGACAACUCUUCAACACCAGUCCCUUAUUCUGAACAAUUUGGAUUUUACGGCCCGACGUCAACUUACAAAAAGCUGCCAACUAUCUCGACAGGAGCUGGCCCGUCUGUUCAAAACUGCGAGUAUGCUGAUCUUUUGGAGUCCACUUUCUGCGGACCGGCUCAGUGUCAGUGGCACGGAUGUACAUCCAGGGCAACAUUUACCACCCAAAAAGCUUUCAAGAAGCAUUUGAAGAAUAUACAUCUAAAGCCCUUAGUCUGUGACUUUGGGGGCUGCGGCUAUCAGAAACCAUUUAGAAAUAAGUAUGACUUGGAACGGCACCGCCAAACUGCACACGUUCGUACACGUAACCACGAGUGUCCGUUUGUGCAAUGUGAAAACAUAGGGUUCGCCCGCAAAGACAAACUGUGGGUUCAUAUCCGAGAAUGUCAUGAUAAACCAUCUACCGUCAGUAUGUGUCCUGUGAUUCAUUGCGGGAAAGAAGUUGAGGCGCCUGUCUCCGAGCACAUGCAGAAAGAACACGGAAGUUUGGAAUGCGGGUUGACCGCAUGUGGAAAGAAGCAAAGUCGCUUCACGGAUGUUCAACUCGAAAGUCAUUUGAAAAGUGCCCAUGGAUUGGAUUCUGGGGAAGCUUCGAAAGCUGUUGGUGCGGCCAAGAAAACUUCGGAUAAAACCUUGCGAAGAGGGGAGCUCUGCACAAAAUCAGAGAUAAGAGAAUGUACCACUUGUAAUCCCUGAAUAUUUGUUCGAGUGGAUCUAUUUCAUCCGGUACAUGGAGAUACGUUCGGGGGUAGUGCACUUUAAACGCAGGAGACGAGUUUUUCAUGGACAAGAAUGUGUUUAUUUCAUGCAUCAAUUACCGUGGUUUCUUGUAUCUAGUCACUUUCUUAUGUCAUAGACGAUGAAUCCGCAAGGAGCUAUAGACAGUGGUAGUUUUAUAAUUCCGCUUAUAUUGACAGCUUAUCACA